ACGGUGACGCGCUGCGGUUUAGAGUCCUCCCUCCUGCUCUUCACAUGAUCCGAAAGCUUUCACAGAGGAGAGACAGGAAUGUGCAAAGGAGCGACGGCAUCAGUGGCUGAUCGAAGCCACGCUGCCUCCACAAUGUCUUUAUUUCACACUGUGGCUGUCUGCGUGACCCUCAUCCACUACACCAACGGGAUCCCAUGGACAGAAGAAAAGUUGUACCACACAGCUGUCACGCUAACACAGGAUGAGAUCCGCGCUGCCCUGUCGCACACUGAUGUAGAGCAAAUGUGGCAGAGGGACCUGAGACCACUGCUCGUCACCAGGUAUCCAGGGUCUGCUGGCAGCCAGGCUGUGCAGGACGUAACUGAGCUCCUGUCUGCUGGGCGGACAGUGACAUCGUCUGUGACAGAGAUCAGCCAGGGGACGUGUUUUCCACACUCAACUAGCUUAAAUUCCAACCUGACCCUGCAGUUACUCUUCUUUGACGGGGAGGAGGCUCUUUUUCAGUGGACCGCCACAGACUCCCUGUACGGCUCUCGCCACCUUGCCCAGAAGAUGGAGGCCACCGCGCAUCCUCCAGGAGCCGCAGACACCAACCAACUGCACGGCAUUGAUCUGUUUGUGUUGCUGGAUCUGAUCGGCGCUCCCAGUCCUCGCUUUGGCAACCAGUUUCCAAGCACGACAGCCUGGCUCUCCAGACUUCAGCACAUCGAAACGCGUCUUCACUCCAUGAGCCAGCUGGUGGACCAUCCUAACAGCGUGCAGUAUUUCUGGCCAAAUCACCACGUGGGCCAUGUGCUGGAUGACCAUAUACCUUUCCUAAACAGAGGUGUUCGGGUCCUUCACCUUAUCCCCUCCCCCUUUCCCUCUGUGUGGCACACGUUUGAUGACAACGAGCAAAACCUGGACCGUUCCACUAUUGAGAACCUCAAUAAGAUCCUGCAGGUUUUUGUUUUGGAGUACCUCAGUGCCAGACCCACUGUUCCUCCAAAUCCACAGAAUAGCCCCUAAAGCUCCCUGUAAACCCGUCAUCCUUUGAUGUGUCACUGUAGUAAAGAGCCUCAGCUGCCACUUUAAAGACGCAGAGCAUACGCUGCAUUAACCUCUAUUUAUAUACGGAGACGCAUGUGUACUGCUUAACUUAACGACUGAGAUAAAAGGGUUAAAUUGUGUGCGUCAGACGAGUGCUUGUUGUAGAGAACAUUUUCCAUAGAUGAUCUUUAGAAAUAUUGAUCUAAGCUGCGUUUUUAUUUUGAAAGUCUGAAAGUUGUAAGCGUGUAAAAUGAAAGAUGAGGCUCAUCAGAGGCUUCAUAGCUUCUUCAUUUCAAGCCCCCAGCAACAAUCCGAGCACAAAGGCCCAUCAGUGUGUUUCUGCAACACUGCUCUCUUUGUAUCAGUCAAAGGCCUUCCUUACACUGCGAGGAUUCAUCUCAGCGCCAACACUAACAUCGAGGAUCUUCACCGCGCCUCGAAAAGUCGAAAUAAGAGCAGCGCUGUGUUUAAAAACAGUUUUCAUUUUACACACUUUCUCAGUAACAAUGAAGUAAAUGAAGCCGCUAAGAUCUAAAUUGGAGAUAAUUUCAUUAUGGAUUGCUUUUGGAACGCCCUCAAACACUCGCUUAUAGUCAUUUGAUGACAUUCAGAAUCCCCCGUCGGGCAUGCUGUGUGAGAAAUACAGUCAGACCACCCACACAGCUGCUACCAAACAUAUUGAGUAUAUGCGACACACAUGCCACACUGUGUGAAAUUUCCCCUCCUAUAUUAAACCUGUUCGGUGUUUAGAGAACAAACCUGUCAGUAGCAGGAAGUGUGGUUAAUUUGUACUAAAACAACAUCUUUAGCCUUUUAGAUCCUCUCCUCUUAGGUGAAGUGGAUGACUUCCUGUGCUGAUGUUUCAUGUGCCUGUCUUUGUUUAUAUGACGUUAUUAGCUUGGUUUUAAUGUAAAUGCCAGAAUAAUAUACUCUGCCAAAACUGGACUUCCUGUAUUUGGAGACUGAAAUAAAUGUUGAUUCAGAAAACAAA